GCAACCUCGACUUGUUGACAACUCCACUCAACUUGCCCUGUUUACACUUUUAUUCACGCCGGCUCAUGGCCUAGUCUCACCAUGGCCGACUAUACGGCAGCUGCCUCCGCAUGGAACCUCGACGAAGAGGGCGACCUGUGCCGCGUCUGCCGCACCGAAGCAGAGGACACAAAGCCACUCAUCUACCCGUGCAAGUGCUCGGGCUCGGUGCGCUACGUGCACUCGGACUGCCUGCAAGAGUGGCUCUCGCACAGCCGUAAGCGCUACUGUGAGAUCUGUGGCCACCACUACACAUUCACAAAAGUAUACCCCUCUUCCCUACCCUCGGCCAUCCCCGUCGCCGUCUAUGCUCGUCAGUCGCUGCUCGUCGCCGGCCGCACGGCAUGGCGCGUGUUCCGCGCCUGGAUCGCCAUUCUCAGCUGGCUCGUCAUCCUGCCGUGUGUCACGAUGAGCAGCUUGCGCCUCAUCUUAGUGGGCGCAGACUACAUCACCUUCCCUGCGCUCGCGUACGGCGCGAGAAACGCGAUAACAGAUAGCUGGGCCGACCUCAACGCGACCUACGCCGCGGCCAACCUCACGGCAGAGGUCCUCAACAACAACCCCAACAUUACUGGACGCGAGCGCGUCCUCGCCGUCAUUGCUCAGAAUGGCACCCUCAACCACAUCCUUCCGACGCUGACGGAGCGCAUGUCACACGACGCCAAAAAGUGGGCCGAUGAGGAAGCGCCCCGGGGCACAUUUGCUAACACUGCUAGUCUCGUCGCCUUUGUCUUCCGCGGGCAGAUCAUUGCCAUUUGCAUCGCAGCGGGUCUGAUCGGCUUAAUCCUGCUUCGCGAGUGGAUAGGCCAGAUUGACUGGCAUGCCAGGCCCCCACCUCAUAUCGAGGAAGCGAUCCGCCAGGAGGAUUGGGUCUUCCGCAACGGCCAGGCGCUCCCCCGGCUCGGGUAUCACACUCUUCCGGAUGGCUUCCACGCUCUGCCGGACCCCGCCGCCGCCCAGCCGGACGCCGAUGAGGACCGCCAGCCGAUCGUUGAGGAAGCUCCUGAGCAGGACGUCGACGUGCCUAUCGCAGAGCCUCCCGAGCACGACGACGACGACUUGGAGGUCACGAGGGCCGAGUACGACCCCGAGGAAGGUGAACACUACUUUGGCGGUGACACGAUCCCGAGGGCACGCCCAUCCCCAUCGCACGUCGCCUACGCUGCGCCCGAGCUCCUCGGUGGGGAAGAGUCCUCGUCUAGGGCGUUCCUCCUAUGGGAGGACAAUGCAGAGGCUGGGCCCUCCCGCGCCGCAGCAGAUGUGCCCAGUGACGCUCUCUCGGCAUCACCAAGCCCAGUCCAGGCUCCUCCGUCUUGGGCGUCGCGUAGGACAGCUGCCGACGACGAGAGGAGCCGCAGCGGGUCAUAUCUCGCAGGCGACGAAAGUCCUAGGGGCCACUUUUACUCGCCGCCAGAAGCUGGGAUCCUUCAGGCAUUGGACACCAUCCCCAGCACGAGUGGUGCACCAGAUAUCUCACCAGACCUGCGGCGCGCUUCGGACCCCGGGCCAUUCAACGGCGAACUGCACGUCGAGCGUCAAGGCGAACGACAGUUUGGAUCUCAGGGCUUGCCCUACGGCCCUGGAGACUCGCCACCUAUGGACGUUGGCACCGAGGAGAAUGGCGACCCAGGUCUUCUCCUUGAUGACACGCCCCCGGUCAACCGACACGAGGACGCCUUUGCGACCCCAAUUGCGCCACUCCGUGCCGAGUUGAUACGCGUGGACACCGACCUCGAGGACCAGGACACGGAUGCCGACGCCGAGGGCGAUGCCGAGGGUGACGGUGAUGUCGCUGAUGUUGACGCCGAGCAGGAGGAAGAUGACGAAGCGAACGCUGUCGUCGAGGCCGUCAUGGGGCCACAGCGUGGUGCCGACCCCCUCGACCCCCUCGACGGCAUGGGCAUGGAGGUGGCGCCGGAGGACGACGAUGACAGGCCCCUCGACGCCGAGGACUGGGACGGCAUCUUUGAAGUCAUCGGCUUCAUUGGCCCGCUUACUGGCCUGCUGCACAACCACGUCUUUGUCAGCAUCGCAAUGGCCUGCACGCUCACUCUCCUCAUCGGUCUCCCCAUCGUCGUCGGCAAGCUCGUCCUGUCCACCGACUUUGUCCGAAGUGGUGGCGACCUGUCUUUGAUGCUUAUUCGCACCACGGGCCUGCUCUUCGGCCUCACCGUCGACUUGGGCGUCUUGAUUCUCAGAGAAGUCUUCGCUCUCCCUCGGCUGUUGAUCAAGCCGGCGUUGACUUGGCUCACAACACGGCUCAACCUCCCCGCUCUCGAGUUCAACGCGACGGCCCCCAACAUCACCUCCACGCUCCUUCAGCUCUCGGCCGCGAGCGACAGACUGCUGACGUCGGAUCUUACGACUGAUCUCCCACCUGGCGUGGGUACGGCGGCCAAUACCUUCCUCUCUGGCUUUGAAGUCAUUGGUCACUAUUCCUACAAGCUGUACAAGGCGUGGCACCUGUUUGCCAUUUCUGUGGCAGCGUCACCAGACGCAAACGACCAGAUCUGGUGCCUCGCAGUCGGGUACGUCUCGAUCACCUUUACGAUCAUUGUCAUUGCGCUCGCGGACGCCGCCAAGCUGUUUGAACUCUCCGACUUAUUCGUUGAGCGGGCCCGAAACGUCCAGAUCUUCUUCAAGGUCGUCUUCUUCAUGACGUUGGAGAUUGUCGUGUUCCCCCUCUUCGUCGGCAUUAUCAUCGACCUCUGCCUGCUUCCUGUCUUCGGUUGGACGCUGCAAGACCAGGUCACACAGCUCUCUGGAAGACCAUUCGGAACUCUGUUCGUCGCCUGGCUUACGGGUACACUCUUCAUGUUCUCGUUUGCGACCUUCCUCGCCCACAUGAGGACUGUUUGCCGUCAUGGAGCCCUCUACUUCAUCCGUGAUCCCUCGGACCCUUCGCACUCCCCAGUCAAGGACAUCAUGGAGCGCCCGGCGCUUGCUCAAAUCCCAAGGCUUGCCGUCUCUGCAGCCAUGUAUGCCAUCGUGGUAUUCGCAGUCUGUGGCGCCGUUCCUCUGGCUCUAGCGACCCUCAAGCAUAUCGGCCUCUUCAAGAGCUUCCUCCCGCUAAGGCUUGAGCAGCGACCUCUAUCCUCGGUGCCUUUCGACUUGCUCUUCCUACACCUCAUCCUCCCGCCAUCCUGGGACAGCCUUCGCAUCUUCCACAGACUCAAGAAGGGCUUGGCAUACUGGUGGACGUUUACUGUUCGCGCGCUCAACCUCUCGUCGCUCAUCUUUGGCACGCAACCGCAGCAGAAGCCCGAAAGCAAGGAGGUUCAGUUAUUCUGGCUUGUGACCGAUGCCUUUUGCCAGGCUGUAUUCGGCCCUUAUGACAAUCGUGCGACCCCAGCGCGUGUCCCCGCAAGCGACCGCGUUGAGCUCCUGCCAAUCACCGACCGCCGCCGUGAAGGCAUGCUCAUUGCGCUUGACCACACUGGUGCCCCGAGGACGGUUGCCGACAGGGUUCGCCUCCUCAAACAGGACCGUGCUGCUAGAAACGCAGGACGAGACCCCAGGCGAGACUACACGGUCAUCCAACUGCCAGACUAUUGGCGAACGCGCGUGUAUGCCCUGCUGUUCCUCGCUCUCUUGACGUCGAGCCUUGUCGUCGGCUCCUUGGUCUUUGUUCCCUUGGCUGUCGGCCGUCUCGCAACCCGAAUGCUGUUUGACAGAUCAGUAUUCGACGGGUACAGCUGGCUGUUUGGCGGCUACAUUUGCUGGGGAUCCUACUCGCUCGGCCAGACCACAAAGAAGCGAAUCAUCCAGUGGAGCAGGGCGAGGCGCCUACGCCGCUCCAAGGCAUCAACCCGAUUCAAGCGUGGUGUUUUCAGCGCCCUGAAGAACGCCUACUCGGUGAUCUUACUCUACCUCGUCGUGCCGCUUCUAGUCGGCAUCAACUUUGAGCUCUUCAUCGCGCUCCCAGUGCGCUACGGCUUCUCACGCGACGUCACACCAGUCCUCCACUUCUGGGACGCCUGGGCUAUGGGCACGGCAUUCAUUUCGGUCUAUGUCGGCGCGGUGGGCAUGGUAAACGAGCACCCAAUCGCUGGAAUCGAGGGGGGCCUGCCCCGCGGUCAGCGUUUCCGUGAAGCCUUCAAGAGGCCCCUUACCCAACGCUUCAGGGAGCUGAACGACUUUAUCCUCCCCCUCGUCGGCACGCUCAUCAUCCCCAUCGUGGCCCCAUGGGCUCUGUUCCUGGCUCUCCACGCCUUCCUGGCUACACUUGGCCUUGUCUCGUCCGUUGUGCGCAACGGCUGGCCUUUCCGCAUGAUGUACCCUUUGACGUCGGCCGGCUUUGUUCUCUUCACAUCACGCCGUGCGGUCGCCAAGACUGGGGACCGUGUGCGCCAGUGGAUGAUAGACGCCGAGUAUGUGGUCGAGGAGCGCGUAGAAAACUACGAGCCCAGCGCCGAUGACCCAAAGGACAACGUCGCGACUAUCGUUGCGCCUGACCACGAUGUCAUCGUGGAAGGCGAGUGGGAGGACGUGCCUAUGGCUGAGGAUGUGCCCAUGGCCGUUCUCUGAGCUCCAUACACGACUUUUCAUAUAACCCUGCAUUGUAUACCCCGCCCAUGUGUUUCAUACAUACAUCCCAUCAUUGUAGCGCCAGCCCUUGUAGUGCCGUGUGCCAGUACAGCUGGAGCGCGCACAGAGUAGACGGCUGAGCCUCUGCCCCUUUUCACCCCUUCCCCAGACAGACGUUGGUAUUAGUGCAUGGAAUCAAUGCUAUGUCUACGGGCAGCGAUCACGGUGCCUUUGUUCAAGUCUUUUUUGGCACCUCACUUGGACGAGCUCGUCGCAAACAGUCCCGUUGUCCGCGCGAUCCAGCCCCAGGUCCCGCGGAGCGUGUAGCCCUGGUACCGCAGCCAGACAGCGGCGAGGGCGACAAUCGAUCCCGUGCCAAGCGUGUAGGCCGCCAAGGUCUUCACCCUCUGUGCUGGUGACAGCGCCGACGACGGUCCGCGGGGGAUGUAGGUUGUUGGGUUGAGCGCGACGCGGGUGAUUGCCGCCCAGAGGUUGGGUAGCGGGCCCGACUGUGACGAGA